AUGGGAAGUUCGUAAUGUUGUACUGUUAAUACAAAUGAUUAGGCUUCAGAAUUAGCUAUAGGUAUGAAAGAAACGUCUCAAUCAUCGAAAGGUCCUAAACGUUAAAGAGAUGGGAAGAAAAACAAAAACUAACCUUUGUAUUUAUUCUCAUUGAAUAAUGAAAAGAUUUCCAAUGGAAAAAAAAAGGUUACACAUGGUCAAUUUCGUAUUGAUGAUCCAUAAACUCCUGUAUUUGCUGAUAAUAAAUCUAUACACAGUAAAUAAGAAUCAGAAUAAUACUCUAAUAAGGACAUUCAAUUAGUAGCUGAGAUUGUUAUGUAAUUAGAUGAUAUUCAUUAAAAAAUUGAUGAAGAAAAUGAAGAUAUAUUUAUUUCUUAGACUUCAUUGAAAAAGAAAAGAAAAAAUGAUUCUCCUUUGUGUGAAUUUUAACCAAAAAAUUCUUUAAAAUCAUUUGAUUCAAAAAGACUAAAUAAAUUAAAAUCUAUUAGUGAACACAAGUAGAACAAGGAAAUAAUUAAUAAAGAAGAAUUAGAAAGUUAAAGAAGUUAAAGUGCUGAUAAUAGAUCAGUGAAAAGUAUUUUAAAAUAGGAAAUGAAGUACAGUCAAUAUAAAAAGAGUUAGUUUAAUAAUAAUGAUAUACAUUCUUAAAAGAGAGUACAUUUUUAAUUGAAUAAAUGA